ACUGUGGACUCGAAGAUCGAAGUGGUCUGAAAUGGUACCAGCCUUGUACUAAACAGAACUGGAAUGAUGGCAUCUUUUGUCUGUUGGGCUGGGCUAAAGAGAUGGGGAGUGUCACGAUGUCUGACCGGAAGGCAGUGAUCAAGAACGCAGACAUGUCUGAGGACAUGCAACAGGAUGCUGUUGACUGUGCCACACAGGCCAUGGAGAAGUACAACAUAGAAAAGGACAUUGCUGCCUAUAUCAAGAAGGAAUUUGACAAGAAAUAUAACCCUACCUGGCAUUGUAUUGUGGGCCGAAAUUUUGGCAGCUACGUCACACAUGAGACAAAGCACUUCAUCUAUUUUUACUUGGGUCAAGUUGCAAUCCUCCUCUUCAAGUCAGGCUAGGUGGCCAUGGUGAAGGUGUCAGUGGCGGCGGCAGCGAUGGCAAGCAGGCGGCGUUGCUGGGACUGUUUUGCACUGGGGCCAGCAUCAGGAUGUCCUCUCCAAUGGCUGUGCUACUGCAUGGACUGUAUACUCGAUUUCAUGUGUAUGUCGCAGUAAACAAAACCAAACUUCUUUCUGUUUAGUUGCCUGGGGAAGAAGGCUGCUUUAUGUUUAUUUUUCAAGACUUAAAAAAAUUUUUUUGGUUGUAUUGCACUAGGAAAUCUCUCCCACCCCUCCCUUUUCUCUUUCUCUCCCUUACAAAAUAAAUAGCCCUCAACAAAGCCUGAAAGACUAGGAGGGCUGAGGAAAAGAAAUAGGUCUCUGGAGGUGGAACUAAAACUGCAGCUGCCUCUUCUGGUGGAGAAUGCUGCUUUGGGAGGACCAGGAAGACUGCGGGAGGACAGUGUUAGAAUUGGCAGAGAGAGGGAUAGGAAGAAUGGUGGGGGAUUGAUCUAGUACCAGGGAGAAUAUUCCACUGAACUGUGAUUCUAUGGCUUGGGCAGAGGGUGGGGUGGGAGGUGGAUUCUUUAAGGGGCCCUGAUAUGUCUGUCUGGUGUGUGGGAGUAGGGAGCAGACUUGUCUUGCUGUCUUUGUCAGAAUUUCUAAGUAAGGGCUGUGUCUUUGUGGAUUACCUUCUUUUAUUCUUCCUGCCAGAGAUCAUGCUAGGAGGUUGUUGGGGGUAGAAUUAGCUUGAUUUUUUUUCCCCCCUCUACAUUCUUUUCUGUCUGCUCCCUGCUUACCCCUUGGUUUUCUCAUUCCUCUGGAGUUCUCUUAGAGCAGCCCCUGUUGUUAGUUGGCUGGUAAGGGAAUUUCUGGUGACUGUAGUUCCUUAGUUAGAUCUUAGCAAUCAAACCAAAUCAAUGUCUCCCUAAUUCUCCUCUGUGAAUAUGUGUGUGUAUGUGUGUGUGGGUGUGGGUUCGGGGUAGAGGGGAGGGAAGGGGACAGGACAGUGUGGAAUCUCUAGGGUGUAUGGAUAGUUAGGGGAUACAGUUAGUUCUAUGUGGGCCUUUAUGUUAAAACCACUGGGAGUGUCUCUUUGAGGGGUGUAGACAAAUGUUACACACACCCUUAGUCACCUAGCCCAGACACUCUGCUUGCUGUAUGGCUGUCUGCUCUCUGGGAAGGCUUUAGGAGGAUCACCUGGACCAGGUGAUUAUGCUGCCAUCUGCCCUGGAGCUGUCUCAAUGGAGUGACUUUGGACGGUUGUAGCCUCUGGUGGGAGGUGGGGAUAAAAAGUGAUAGAGGAGGUCGGUCUUGUAGUGAUGAAGCCAGAUAUCAGGAGGUGGAGCAGGGCCAUGAGUGAGAGGAGAUUCCAAGGACGAUGCAGGGGGUAUCUUGUCUGUUGACGAAGUAGGAGUGGGAUGGGUAGGGUGGUCAUUGCUGAUUGAGCUGCUGAUUGUCAUGAAUUGCAUUCAAAACUCAUGUUUAGGAUUGGCACUUUGGGGUUGGGGGAUCCAGCUCAUUCUUUUAUUUUCAAGUCCAUUCUUGGGGGCUGGUGAGGUGGCAGGAAAAUGUCUACUUUCCAAGUCCUUAGUGUGUGCUGAGCUUUCUUUUUGAUGCUGUCAGGGGAGGGUGGAAACUGGGGUGGUUCCCUAUAUCAAACCCUUCAGUGGGCACAAGAUUGAGUGCUUGAUUUUAGGUUUAUUUUUUUAUGAAUGUCCAAAUCUGUGUUUUCCCCCACCCUCCCAGACUUGUGUGGCCAGUUGAAAGUGUCUGGUUUGUGUUCAUCUCCCUCAUUUCUGGAGCAGGGGCUGACACCCUGCCACAUCUAUGCUCUGCAUCCAUGCCUCUUUUGGACAUUAAAGGUCGAUUGAUGCACCUCUGA